UCGGCGUUUCUAUAAAGUAGCAGAGGAUCGGAUUAUUCCUUGCAGUAUUUUCUCGGAUAAACUUUUGUAAAGUGAGCAUUUCAGUGAUGUGAACGUUCGUAUGAUAUAGUACUCUUACGAAUACUGGGACUCUUCUAUCUAUAUAAAAUUCUAGACAAUUAAGCGCAAUGUUCCUAGAGACAUGGUUAAUAUUAGAGAUUCUGGGUCUGGCGAUUCUAGCAGUCGCUGGAUUAUACAUAUAUUACAAAUAUUAUGUCUUUGAAUUCUGGAAUAAGAAAGGAGUGUUCACUGUUGAGCCAACAUUUCUUGUUGGCAAUAUGAUGCCGAUUCUGUCCGGCAAAACGUCACAUGGCGACUUCUUUCGGGAUAUGUACGAGCAAAAUAAAAAACAUUCCCUCCUUGGCGUAUAUAUGUUGCACAAACCCCAUCUCAUGGUGAAUGAUCUUAAUUUAGUCAAGGAGUUGUUAACGAAGAAUUUCUCGAGUUUCCACGAUCGUGGAGUAUUCUUCAACGAAAAGACAGAUCCGCUUUCCGGGAAUUUGUUUCAAAUGCCCGGGAAGAAAUGGAGAAACUUGAGGGUGAAACUGACGCCGACUUUCACUUCUGGAAAGAUUAAACAAAUGUUCCCGACCCUGCAAGAACUCUCAGACAGACUAUGCAAAUAUUUGGAUGAAAAGGCCGAAUUGAAAGAAUCAAUCGACGUGAAAGAUGUUUUUGAAAGGUAUACGGUGGAUAUUAUCAUAUCAGUGGCAUUUGGAAUAUCUUGCGACAGUUUCGAAAAUCCGAACAAUGAAUUUCGGUCCUGGGGCAAAAAGAUAUUCGAGCCGAGGAUCGUAUGGAACACUCUAAUAUUUUGGGCGCCGCAGGUGCUCGAUUUCUUUUCUUUGCCUUAUACCGACCGGGGGGUCACGAAAUUUUUCACCACCAUGUUUCGGGAUACGGUGGAAUACCGGGAGGCCAAUAAUAUCGUCAGAAAAGAUUUUUUGAACUUGCUGAUGCAACUGAUGAGAAAUGGAUACUUGGAUCCAGACGAGGACGCAAAGACUGAGGCUGAAGCAAAAAUGGACAAUAAUAAAUUAGAGCUCCUACAAGCUGCAGCGCAAGCCUACGUUUUUUACAUAGGUGGAUUCGAGACAUCCUCGACGACAAUCACAUACUGUAUGUAUGAGUUAGCAAAACAUCAAAAUAUACAAGAUAAAUUGCGAAAUGAGAUUCAAACUGUUAUCAAACAACACGGCGGCUUUACGUAUAAUGCUGUAAACGACAUGCCUUAUUUGCACAAAGUGGUUUCAGAAACUCUGAGGAAAUAUCCUCCGAUUGGCACUCUAAAUCGCGUGUGCACGAAAGAACAAUGGAUCGAUGAAGAAGGCGUUACAGUUCCUCUAGGAAUGCCUGUAAUAAUACCCGUUUUUGGUAUUCACCGGGAUCCCGAUAUAUAUCCAGAACCGGAAAAGUUUGAUCCGGAACGCUUCUCCGAGGAGAAUAUCAAAGCUAGACAUUCGUACGCUUAUCUGCCAUUUGGAGAGGGGCCAAGGAUAUGUAUCGGUUCACGGUUUGGAUUGCUGCAAGUAAAAAUUGCUGUAAUAAAUACAUUACUCAAACACAGGGUGAAACCUACACCCAAUACGCCGGAUACCUUGGAAUAUGAAACUGGUUCUAUAGUUCUACUACCAAAAGGUGGUGUGCACCUUAACAUUGAGCGGUGUGUAUCUUGACAUGAUUACGAAUU